AUUGUGUCUAAAAGCUCGACCUUUGCAUGGAAUUGGGUAGAGUCUGUGCACUACUUACAUGGAGUCAUCUGUAGCCCACAAAUAAUGUUCUCUCAAAGUCUGUUCUUUCGAACCGGAAAUAGUAUUCACACUUCUUAGUUAUUUUUUAUUGGGUUUCAUCUGUAGCCCACAAAGUAUCCAGCCCAACUAAGAAAUACUUUUGUACUGGCCCAAUAAGAACUAUAUCGUAGUCACUCUGUUCUUUCUUUCUUCCCCUGUUGGAGAGGAAUCAAGAAGCCGAAAGUGACGAGCAUCAGCAGAGAUCGAAGAAUUUGAGAUACUUUCAGCAAUUAAUGAAGGGGGAAGGGAAUGAUUGGAUCUUUGUGUUAUGUCCUAGUAAUGUAUAAUUGAAGGGGUCAAACCAUUAAGAUACAUUGAUAACGCGCAUAGAGAUGAUGAGGGAGAAGAGAGAAGUACAGAAGGGGGAGCUUAGAGGAUGGUUUAUAAGAUCAAGCAGGCUAAUGGACCUUCUUUCUUUUCAAAUCGAAGCAUUACCUUCAAGAAUGGGGUUGUGGACAUUGCUCGAAGGCUUUCUGCUUCUUGCAAAUGCGCUGGCAAUACUGAACGAGGACAGGUUUCUUGCACCUAGAGGAUGGAGCUUCUCAGAUGUCUCAGGACUCCAACGAGCCAAAUCAUUGAAAGGGCAGCUCAUAGGGCUCAUCUAUGCAACUCAAUAUCUGAGAGUACCCCUCAUAGUUCUCAAUGCUAUUACCAUCCUUGUGAAGCUCGUUUCUGGAUGAGAUUUAGCUUGGAUUUUCUGCUUGUGGGUGAGAAACAAUAUUUUUGUGGCCUGUAUUGUACGUGACAUUAGACGUUGUUUACGUUUGCCGUUGAAUUAUGUAUCAGCUUGCAAUUAUGUAUGAAAAAAUUGGAGAUAUAAAAUUAGUGAACGACUGUCAGGUGUUUUGCUAAUUAUUUUUUGAAAUUCA